UGGGGGUGUGGGGGUAUGGGAGGGGCGGGCAUUCUGCUGCUCUUGCUGCUGCUGCUGGCAGGGGUGGAAGCCUGGAGACCCCCAAAGGGCAAGUGUCCUCUGAGCUGCUCCUGCUCCAAGGACAGUGCUCUUUGUGAGGGUUCCCCAGAACUGCCAGAGAGCUUCUCCCCGACUCUGCUGUCACUCUCUCUAGUCAGGACUGGAGUGUCCCAGCUGAAGGCCGGCAGCUUCCUGAGGGUGCCCUCGCUGCACCUGCUCCUCUUCACCUCCAACUCCUUCUCCGUGAUCGAGGACGAUGCUUUUGCUGGCCUGUCUCACCUGCAGUACCUCUUCAUCGAGGACAAUAAGAUCGGCUCCAUCUCUAAGAACGCCCUCCGUGGACUUCGCUCCCUCACACACCUGAGUCUGGCCAAUAACCACCUCGAGAGUCUCCCCCGGUUCCUGUUCCGAGGCCUGGAGACCCUGACUCACGUGGACCUCCGAGGAAACCCAUUCCAGUGUGACUGUCGUGUGCUCUGGCUGCUGCAGUGGCUGCCCACCGUGAAUGCCAGCGUGGGCACAGGGACCUGUGCCGGCCCAGCCACCCUGACCCACAUGCAGCUUCGCCACCUGGAUCCCAAGAUAUUCAAGUGCAGAGCUAUAGAGCUGUCCUGGUUCCAAACUGUCGGGGAGUCAGCGCUGGAUGUGGAGUCUUUCUCCUACCAGGGGGAACCCUACAUGGUCCUGGCCCAGCCUUUUGCCGGCCGCUGCCUGAUCCUCUCCUGGGACUACAGCCUGCAGCGCUUCAGGCCUGAAGAAGAGCUGGCAGCACCUUCAGUGGUGUCCUGCCAGCCCCUGGUGCUGGGUCCGAGUCUCUUUGUGCUGGCUGCCCGCCUGUGGGGGGGCUCGCAGCUAUGGACACGACCUAACCCCAGCCUACGCCUGGCUGCCACGCAGACCCUGGCCCCUCGACAGCUGCUGCGGCCCAAUGAUGCCGAAUUGCUGUGGCUGGAUGGGCAGCCAUGUUUCGUGGUGGCCGAUGCGUCCAAGGCGGGCAGCACCACGCUGCUGUGCCAGGAGGGGUCAGGCUUCUACCCGCGUCAGAGCCUGCAUGCCUGGCACCGGGACACAGACGCUGAGGCCCUGGAGCUCAAUGGCCGACCCCACCUGCUGCUGGCAUCCGCCUCGCAGCGCCCCGUGCUCUUCCAAUGGGUGGAUGGCCGCUUCGAGAGGAGGACAGACAUCCCUGAGGCCGAGGACGUCUAUGCCACCCACCACUUCCAGGCGGCUGGGGAAGUGUUCCUGUGUCUGACACGAUACAUCGGGGACUCUAUGGUCAUGCGCUGGGAUGGCUCCAUGUUCCGCCUGCUGCAGCAACUUCGCUCCCGAGGCACCCACGUCUUCCAGCCACUGCUCAUCACCAGGGACCAGCUGGCUAUCCUGGGCAGUGACUUUGCCUUCAGCCGGGUCUAUCGCCUCGAGCCUGACAAGGGCCUCCUAGAACCACUGCAGGAGCUGGGGCCGCCGGCCUUGGUGGCCCCACGCGCUUUUGCCCACAUCACGGUGGCAGGCAGACGCUUCCUCUUUGCUGCUUGCUUCAAGGGUCCGACUCAAAUCUACCAGCACCACGAGUUAGAUCUCAGUGCCUGAGACCUACAGGGACCCCAGGCAGAGCUGGCAAGGGGCUGAUGGAGGCUGCCAGGGGGUGUUCUGGGUCUCUAGCUGCCUCCUUAACUGCAACCUGAUCCAGUGCGGGUGAUACCACCGGAUAAACCCCAGGCAAGUACGUUCCUUCCGGUCUUAGGCAAUAUCUUGGCUGGAGCAAAUGUCCCCCCCAAGUGUGACUCAGGCUGGGCUCUACCCAGUGCCCAGAUACACAAGUCACGGUGGUCUGGAAGAUCCCCCUCUCAACCUACUUUCUGGCACCAGCAUCACCCCACCACCCACCCAGCCCAGAUCCAUCUCAACUGGUUGCAAGUGAAAAUACCGAGCAGAUUAGUCCUUGCUCCAACCCGACCAAUCACCUUCAGUGCCCGCCUCCAUGAUGUCACCCAUGUCUGGGACUGUUUCCCAGUGGGCAGGCAGGGAAGAUGCUUUUUGCACAUGCGUGCCUGCUGCUAAAGCAGCUGGACUGAUUCUUCCAUCAAGAGCUGUGCAAGGAACUAGGCAAGGGAAGUGUGUGUGUUGGGGGGAGCUGGGGUACCCAGCCCUAUCCUCAUGAUGACUGGGUCGAGGACUGAGAGUGUUUGAGUUCGAUAAAUAAACCGUUUCUGUCGGAUCA